CUUCAACCUCGACUCCAUCCGUCCUGAACCUGCCGCAGCUUUCAAGCCUGAAGUCUCGAUUUUGAUGGAGCCCAACGCCUCGUCGCCUUCGGGCUCCGGGGCGCGAGAGCCAAAGCUCCUUCUUCCUUCGACCACCGACCCACCAGGCCCCCAGAAUCCCCCGAAGCCGCUUGUGUGGUUGAUUUUCGGCGCCACUGGCCACAUGGGCCGCUCGUUGGUCAAGACCGCUCUAUCCCGGGAUGAUUUUGUCGCCGCGGUUGGGCGCACCUUCGAGAAUAGCCCCGAGUACAUGAAGAAGUUGGAAGAGGAGCAUGAAAACUGCCUGGGUCUCUUGUGUGAUGUACGGGCUCGCGAGACAGUGCAGCGAGUUAUCGAGCGCACCAUCGAGCGGUUUGGUCGCAUUGAUAUCAUCGCCAACUGCGCCGGAUACGGAGUAAUCGGCGCAUGCGAAGACCAAGAUGAGUAUGACAUCCGCGACCAAUUCGAGACCAAUUUCACCGGCACGCUGAACAUGAUUCAACUCUCAUUACCGCACUUCCGUGAGCGAAGGACCGGCCGCUACUUGAUCUUCAGCUCGACGUCGGGCGCCUUGGGAGUGCCGGGGUUAGGCCCUUACUGCGCCUCGAAAUACGCGGUUGAAGGGCUCAUGGAGAGUAUGCUUUACGAAGUGGACAGCUUCAACAUCAAGACCACUCUCGUCGAGCCUGGUCAUAUGCGCCGUGACGAUGUCGGAGACCUGGUGUCAGACCCCGUCGCUGCGCUGACGGCCACUAAUCCCGAUCUCGACCUCGCAUCGCCUCUACCGUUGUACGGUCACUUCCUCGUCAAACCGCCGAGCGAGCCGUACAACACGGCCACCUCCCCUACGGCGCAUGCAAAGCGCAUGUUGAUGUGGCUAGGCGAUAAGCAACCUGCGAGUGCUGUCAAAGCCGCUAAUCUGGUCUGGCAGCUGGGACACUGUUCCUAUCCACCGCUUCGCCUUAUUCUGGGAACCUACGCCGUCGAGAGCAUCCGAGAUCGGCUGAAAUGCAUCAUCGAGGAGAUCGAGGACUGGAAAUACCUCAGCUUUCCCCAGGGAGAGCAGCAAGGUCCUUCGCCUGUGAAGGACCAGUCUUCGGGCUCCAACCUCCACGAAAGAGAAGGUGAUGCGGCCACCUGAGCCAAUGAUGUAUGCCGGCUGUAAGCCGACUGUCUCUCAACACACUGGGGACUUUCUCCUUCGGGUUCCGUUGAAUUUCCCGGGAAUCCUCGGAUAGCCCAGUACAUGAUCCGUGCAGGAGCUUGCAGAGCAGCACCAUGAGCCACGCGCUCUUCUUCCUGCGCCUAUCGUGACCCUUUGGUGUUAGUAUAACCUUUCUCGCGCCUAUUGAGGUCGGAAUUCCAUCAUCCAAUUACUAGACUAGCAGGAAUUUGCAAUGCCUGCACGUGGUUGAUUGAGAUCGAGGCUUAUAAAACAUUCAAUUGACGUCCUGUGGGUAUAUACAAACCACCAGAAUCUGAUAAGGUUGUCUAUAUGUUUCUGCGAGACAAAUGCCUUUAAGUUCGGUCUAUUUACACCUCCUCUAGACGAGUUUGUCACGGCAUCGUAAAUGAAGCUCGCUUAGGAUG